GUCUCUCUGUGUCUGUCUCUCUGUGUCUCUCUGUCAGCCUCGUAUCAGACGUGGUGGUGUUCAACUCGUCCUACAACAUGGACUCCUUCCUGUCCUCCAUCUCUUCCUUCAUGAAGAAGAUGCCGGACCACCGUCCCCGAGACCUGGAUCAGCUGAUCCGUCCAAAGUGUCUCGUCCUGUACUUCCCGCUGCAGCUGCCGGACGUCAGCAGGCUGCUGCCCAAACACAAACUGCUCCGCGGGAAGUCUCACGUUGAUGACAUCAUCACACCGCAGGACGAGCCGCUGUCUCCACGGUGUGAAGAGCAGGAAGAUCCACGUGACUCCAGACCUGGACCUGGACAAAUAGACCAGAACCCUGGAGACCCCGAAGACCAGAGGAAACCUCUCCACAUCGUCUGGCCGCACAGGUGGUAAGUUAAGUUCAUCUUCUUCAUGGAUGUUGUAGUAGGCAGU